AUGUGGGACAUGGGCCCGGAGGAAGAGCUGCUCUUCUUGGACCCACAGCUCACGGACGCCACAGCGCUGAGCUUCCGGGGGCUGUGGCUCACCACCCAGCACCGGGCUCAGCUCAAGCUGCCACUCAAGGAGAAGUCGCCGCUGAUGCAGAAGUACGGGUGCGGCACCCAGACGCUGAAUCUGGUGGUAAAGCUGCAGCGAAGCAUCGACCCCACCUUUCUGAGCUGCGUGCGCCUGUUGGCAGCCUCAGAGGUGCCUGGUUUGGUGCCCAAGCUCGAGAAGCGAGGCUGGUUCGACCGCUGGCCCCAGACGCUGCCCAUCGACCAAUCCACCGAGCACAGCGCAGCACAGCUGGCGAGCGAGAUGCUGCAGAAGGCCCUGGAGCGGCUCAGCCAAUCCAACGCGGAGCUGAAGCAGCGCUUUGGCAGCGACAAUGUGCAAGCGCGACCGGUGGUGCGAGUGCGCGAGGUGGAGACAAUGGUGGUCGUGAGCUUGCUCAAGUCCAUGCAAGAGCUGGCGUUGCUCAGCAGCUACGAGUACCUCUUCGAGGCACUGCGAGAUGCGCAGCGGGAGCAGCUGAGCUGAGCUCGGAGAUGGGAAGCCCUCCAGGUGCCUUGAAAGAGCGAAUGAUUCGUGCAGAAGAUCCG